GGGAGAAAAAGAGGAGGUGGGAGAGUGCGUUAGCAUCUGUUGGUUUUUAGUUCUGGCUGACAAAAGCUGGAAGACAGACAGAGCGUAGUAUCUCUACACAGACACACAAGUGCACGGGAGCCAACGUGGAGCAGACGCUAGAGAGAGCUUGUCUUCACUACCACACACUCACACACACUCAGAGAGUAGCGACCAGGCGCUAACCCAGAGAGAAACAGUAUUUUUACUAUUUCGCUCUCACCGGUGAGAAGCUAUUCCUCAGCAGAGCAGCAUAAUACAGUCAGUUUGAAGCCAAAAUCCAUGAUCUUCGGGAGCAGAUGAUGAACAGUAGAAUCAGCUCAGGCUCUGGCUCUCUACGGACCAGCCAGAAAAGAACGCUCUACGUCAGGGCUCUGUUUGACUAUAACAGGACAAAGGACUCUGGGCUGCCCAGCCAGGGACUUAACUUCCACUUUGGAGACAUCCUUCACGUGGUGAACACCUCCGAUGACGAGUGGUGGCAGGCGAGGCACAUGACCCACAAAGAAGAGGUAGAUGAGGUCGGAGUCAUCCCCAGCAGGAGGAGGGUAGACAGAGCGCGGUUAAAGACUGUCAAAUUCAAUGCCAGGUCUCAAGACAAAGGGGUCCCUGACGACAAAGCACUGAGUGGCCAGGAGGAGUACGUCCUGUCCUACGAGCAAGUCACACAGCAGGAAGUGAACUACACACGGCCCGUCAUCAUCCUGGGGCCAAUGAAGGACCGUAUCAACGAUGACCUCAUCUCAGAGUUCCCUGACAAAUUUGGGUCCUGUGUCCCACACACAACCAGACUAAAACGGGAUUACGAGGUUGAUGCCAGAGACUACCAUUUUGUGGUGUCCAGGGAGCAGAUGGAGAAAGACAUCCAGGAUCACAAGUUCAUCGAGGCAGGCCAGUACAACCACCAUCUGUAUGGAACCAGCGUCCAGUCUGUACGGGAUGUCGCUGAGAAGGGGAAGCAUUGCAUCCUGGAUGUUUCAGGCAACGCCAUCAAACGACUACAGUCGACCAUGCUCUACCCCAUCGCUAUUUUCGUCAAGCCCAAGUCUGUGGAGAAUAUCCUAGAGGUAAAUAAGAGGCUAACAGAGGACCAGGGGAGGAAGAUGUUUGACAGAGCCAUAAAACUGGAUCAGGAGUUCACUGAGCACUUCACUGCUAUAGUCCAGGGGGACUCUCUGGAGGAGACUUAUAACACGGUGAAGAGGAUCAUCGAGGAGCAGUCAGGACCCUUCAUCUGGGUGCCUGUCAAGGAGAAGUUGUGAAAGGAGGACAGAAGAUAUUACCCUUAUUUUCUUUAAGUGGUCUUCAUGUCUUCUCUGAUUUUACGUAUUUUUAUUUUUACCAACCUGGCCUGCUGUGAUCGCUGGCCCUCUUGCCCGGAGCUUAGCACCCCCCUCCUACACAUACAUGCGUAUAUAUAUAUAUACACAUACACACACACACACACACACACACGUCUCCAUCUUUCUCUCACACACACACACCGCCCUGCUCCCCUCUGUCACACUGGCUAGAGAGCUGAUCACGCGUUGGAGUUGAAGAUCUAUCUUUCUCUCUCUCACACACACACACAAAAUGAUUUAAUGCUGUCUCUUCCUCUCACACACAAACAUACACUCUCUGGGGUUUUAUUGGGCUGUCUCUGACAUGGGUUUGGACCUUGUCUCUGGAUGUUUUUCUUGCUUAUGGGGAGAUUUUUUUAUGUUGGUACAAUUCCUUAAUGUUUAAGGAACAUGAUUUAGAUGCAAUAUUAAUUAUAUAUAUUUUUUCCCCCUUUUGUCAUGUAUAGGUUCAUCAAAGGAAAUGACAUGAGGCAAAACUUAGCAUGUUAUAGCUUUAAAGAGCAUGUCUCGGACAAUUUUGAUUAUUUUCUUGUCACGUUUUUGUUCUUUGUUUCUCAUUUAGACUUGUAUCUGAACUGCAAUACUCAUAGCCAUUAUUUUCACAUGUUGUAUAUCCAUACACACCAACUGCGUCUCUGCUCAUCUGAAGCAGCCAUACAUACCUGUUUUAGUCUUUUCGAACCGCAGAGGUAACUAGGUGAGUAGUUUUCUAUCAUUAGCCGCCUUCGUUCACUACGAUCCAUGAUGGUUUUAAUCUAUUCAUGUCACUAAGCUUUUGGGGGGUCUACUUCCCGAACAGAAAUGGAGUGAAUGAAUGAAUGGCUGUUUUUGAACUGACUCCAGGUGUCCAUGUAUUAAUUUUAGAAGCAAAACACUGAUGCAAAAUAAUGAAUUGUACACUGAGAUUUUAACUGAUAUUUAACCUUCAGUCUACUGCCUAUUUUGUUAUAAUAAAAUGUCUAUAUUGAGCUUUACUUAAACUCUUACAGAUA